AUGAACGUAAAAAAGACAAGCCUCGCUGUUGUGAUGCCAUCUCCAUGCCUUCACCAGCAUCGGCCUUUCCUCUCCUCCUCCCUGCUUUGCAUCUUUGGAGUGCUCAUCCUCGUGGUGCUCACUGGACGUGCUCUCACUGCUGAGACUGCCAAGGGCUUUGGAGUGCUCAUCCUCGUGGUGCUCACUGGACGUGCUCUCACUGCUGAGGCUGAAGCGGGGAGCAUGCACAUCCUACCUUGGCAUGGACGCCCCAGAGGACGCGCUGCUGCGCCUCUCUCACCUCGAAACUACUCCUCUCCCGGUCCCUCUCUUCAGGUGGACGAGUGUUUGUCGCGGGGGGACGUGGCGGGCCUCAAGAUCGCCGCCAGCAUGGACACCCCAGAUGACGUGCUGCUACGAAUCUCUCACCUCGCACUCACCUGCACGGUGGCUCGCACGGCAAGCCGACCAACCAUGGGAGGCGUUGCCAAUGAGCUGCAGGCGGUUAGGAACGAAGUGGGGGGGAAGGAGGAGGUGCGCGCAGCGGUGAAGGUGGAUGAGGAAGAUGAGGAGAGGAACAAUGUAGUUAAGAAACAGUCAAGCCUAACGGAAGAAUUGAACCUCAUUGGCUUUCGGGCGUGA